ACGCUUCAUCACUUCCUCCAUUUACAAUCUCUCAUCUCUCCUUCUCAAAUCCUUCAAUCUCCAUUCCUUGUCCGUAUCCGUACUCUUCUCUCCUCCUGUCUAGCCUCCCUAGAUUCGCAAUCACACAGCGGCACAGCCCUCAUCACUUGCAAAUAAAUUCAACAGCAGCCUCGUCUCUCUCCAGUUAUUCCGAUCCUGCAUUAACUCGCACAUCACAUUCCGUCUUACUCUCUACCCCCGAUCCCCACACCAGCUGAUUACCCCGAACAAAGCCUUUCCUCUUUCUACCCCUCUUAGCUUCCAACCUUCCAAUCUACCUACUAUCACUCCUCAACUUCAAAUCAAACAAUCGCACAUUCUCGCUCAACACAAUGGGUUUCCUCUACAGCCAAUUCUUCAAGACUCCCCCUUACCCCAAGGGCGAUCUCACCGGAAAGACCGUUGUCGUCACCGGCAGCAAUGUUGGUCUCGGUAAAGAAGCUGCCCGCCAUGUCGCUCGCUUGGGCGCCAGCAGGCUCAUUCUAGCGGUGCGCAGCCUCGACAAAGGCCAUGCAGCCAAGCAAGAUAUCUCACAAUCCACCGGUCUCAAGAACAUUGAGGUCUGGAAACUCGACAUGGCCAACUACAAGAGCAUUCAGGCUUUCGCGAAACAAUGCGAAGCUGAGUUGGAUCGUCUCGACAUCUUCAUCGCAAACGCGGGUGUUGUCCGCGCUGAAUGGCACGAGGCUGAAGGCCAGGAAGAGGGAAUGACCGUCAACGUCACCGGAUCUUUCCUCCUUUUGGGCCUCAUCUUGCCAAAGAUGAAAGAGACAGCCGCCAAGUACAACACACGUCCCGUAUUCACGACCACAGGAUCCGCAGCCUACGACCACACUACCUUCCCCCAGAGAGCCGCAGCCGAUGGCGAGAUUCUUGCCAAGUGCUCCGACAGGGCUUUCGCAGAGAAGCACUGGGAUCAGCAGUACCCCGUCUCUAAGCUCGUUCAGCUGUGGGGUAUCCGCCAGAUUGGUGAACACCAUCCCGCCAGUGAAUUCCCAGUCACGAUCAAUGUUACCAACCCUGGACUCUGCCACUCCGAGCUUUCCCGCGACAUGAACAGCUGGGGCUUCUGGCUGUUCAAGCUCAUUGUUGCGCGAUCCACCGAGGUUGGCAGCAGGACACUGCUCGCUGGCGCACUUGCUGGCCCAGAGAGCCACGGAGAGUACCUCAGUGACGGAUACGUCGAGGAGCCCACCGAAUUGGUUACCGGUAAGGCUGGCCGCGAGGCACAAGCACGUGUUGCUACCGAGAUCAUCAGGCAGAUCGACUCGAUCGUCCCUGGUGUCUCCAAGAACUUCCGAAACUGAGCGUGUAUGAAUUAGCGGGCUGGUCAUUGGGCUAUGGCGGUGUUACGAUUAGAAAUGGGCACAUUAAUUAGAUAUGACAUGAAUUCCAAACUUUUUUGAACCUUCAA